UCUUUGCCUCUUUCCGGUUCCAACCAUUCGAGCCCUAAGAUGGCGGACCGGCGGCGAAGGAGGCGGCGCGCGUCCCAGGACAGCGAGGACGACGACGAGUCCGGUUCGGGUUCGGACAGCGGGAGGUCGGGGUCCCCGGCGAUCAAGAGCCGGGGGAGGGAUCCUGACCCGGCGGAGGCGACAGCAUCCCGGGCCGAGGCGAAGAGCGACGUGGAGUCCGAGUGUGAGAGUGAAGAUGGGGUGGGAGAAGCUGUCCUCUCUGACUACGACAGUGCAGACCCCGAGGAAAACGGCUCUCAUUCAGAGGGAGUGGAGGAGGAAGAGGAGGCAGAGCAGUACAGCGAUGAAGAAGCUCCAGCAGCAGCAGCAGCAGCAGCAGCAGCAGCCAGUGAGCCCAAACCUCCUGCUGCCGAUGGCCCGGCAAAGGGAGAGGACGGGGAGGAGGAGGAAGCAGAAGGGGAGGGAGGAGGACAGAGUAAAGAGGAGAGUAAAGAGGAGAAUAAAGCUGAGGAGAAAGGAAAUCUAGCUGGAGAGAGACAGAGUGGCGAUGGACAGGAGUCCACGGAUGAUCCCGAGACGAAGGCGGGAGGUAAACCCGGUCAGCAGCUCGAUGAUGAUGAGGACAGAAAAAACCCGGCCUACAUCCCCAGGAAGGGUCUGUUCUUCGAGCACGACGUCAGAGGACACGCUCAGGAGGAGGAGAGACCUAAAGGUCGAAACAGGAAGUUGUGGAAAGACGAGGGUCGCUGGGAGCACGACAAGUUCAGGGAGGAGGAGCAGGCGCCCAAGAGCCGCGAGGAGCUCAUCGCCAUCUACGGUUAUGACAUCCGAAACGGUGGCGGCCCCGGAGACCGGCCAUACAGGCAGCGCAGGCCCAGGCAGAGCGUGUCUCCCAGCAGAGACAAGCGGUGGAGAGAGGGAGGAGGAGAGCGACCGGUCCGAUCCUGGCAGAGCGGAGGAGGAGGGCUGAACCGAGGAGGAGCCCCUCCACCUUCGUCCAUCCAAACCUCCUCGACAUCCCCUUCCUCCCCUCUCUCCUCCGCUCAGCGCAGCAACAACCCCUCCAGACCGCCUCCCUCCCGCAGCAGACCAUCCCACCAGAAUCAGAUGCACCUCCCACCUCAGUCCCACUACAGGAAUAAUGAAUCUAACGCGCCCCAGAUGCAUCCCCGAGAACGACAAGGCCCUAAAGCUCAAUCAGAGCCUGCGGGAGACAGGUCUGUGGUCAGCAGGGGAGGGCGCGGUGGUGGGGGAAGGGGGGGUCCCUCUCUGGUCAUUGAGAACAAUACUGUCAGCCAAGGAGGCGUUGGGGAACAGGACCUGAGCUUAAGUGCCGCAACGACGGCGGCAUCGUCACAGCCGGGCGGUUACCAGUCCGCUUCACCGAGACGACAGCAGCAGGAACAACGAGGCAGCGCCGACAGAUCUGCGUCUGGAUUGGCUGCUUCCUCCACCACCACUGACCCCUCCCUUCAAUCAGCAGCGACCAAUCGGGAAGCCUCUCCUCCCAUUGAGCGGCCGGUGGAGCGUAAAUCUUACUCGCUGGCUCGCAGGACUCGCUCUAGGCCCGCAGACCUGGGCAGUAAACAGCCGUCCAUGGAGGAGUCUGCGGCCGGAGGGAACGCCUCGUCCCCCGGCAGUGUGGGAGGGAAGAGCUGGACGGGAGGCGGAGAUGGGCCGAGCCAGGCAGGAGCAGCAGGGCUGACGGAGCUGGACCAAGAUGUGGCUCGACUCAGUCUGGCAGGACAGAGCUGGAGCCAGAGCCCGACGUCAUAUAUCCGCUCUGAGAUGAGAGGCCUUCCCAACCCCAUGCACAUCCCCGGCGGGCCGCCUCAGUUCUCCAGCAUGGAGGAGAUGGGUGUUGGCUCCAAUCGGGCCAAACGCUACUCCUCCCAACGUCAGAGAGCCGUACCUGAGCCGGCGCCGCCCAUGCACCUGGGAGUGAUGGAGGGACACUAUUACGAACCCAUGUCGUACCAGGGACCAAUCUACGCCCACGGGGAUGGCCCCGCCCCCAUCCCACCACAAGGCAUGCUGGUCCAGCCUGAGAUGCACAUCCCCCACCCCGGUCUCCAUCCCCACCAAUCAGGUGCCCCGAUUGCUAACCCCGCCCUCUACGGAGGCCCACCUGUUUCUCUGUCACCGGGGCAACCACAGCAACUGCUGCCGCCGCCUUUCUACCCUCCGCCAGGCGUCAUGACCUUCCCUUACCCUGCCAUGUACCCAAACCCACAGGGUCAGUCCCAGGUGACCUAUGGGGGUGUGACGUACUACGACACGGUGCAGCAGCAGGCUCAGCCCAAGCCUUCGCCCCCCCGCCGCACGUCCCAGCCCGUCACUGUCAAGCCCCCCCCUCCGGAGGUGCCCUUUGCCUCAGAGUGACCCCGCCCCUCACCCCUCCCCGAUCCCCAGUCUCAGCCUCACUCCGAUCCGAAAAUGACAGGAGCGGGGUGGGAGGGGUCGGUGAGGAGCUGCGGUCCCCAUCAGCAACCACCAAUAGUAACGAGGGAGGGACGGGUGGACGGACGGGUGGACGGACGGACGGGUGGACGGACUCUGCAAAUGACCCACAGCAUCACUGGUGGAAUUUUUCCUUUUAUUUUUUUUUCUCCCCUCUUUGUUUUGGGCCCUGUAGCAGUCAGGUGGAUCAGCUGUGUUGGCGACGUAUCGUAGUCAGACUGCUCUGUAACUCACAAGUUCGAUCCCGCCAACGUGUCUUUUAGCAACAAUGUUGAACCUGAAAAUGUAAAAAUAAAAAAAAAAGAGUUCAAACCCUUUAGAGCCACUUUGAAGCAUUUAACGUCUCAAGAGUGGAACGGACAAAGUCGAACUCUGCUGCAGCUGAUGUGUCUAAAUGAAAAGUGAAAGUCUGGUUUAGAAACUUUUUUUUUUUGUCCUUUUCAUGGUUGAGGUUUUCUGUGGACACAGGAGUCGGACUGAAUCCUGGAAACAGCAGUUAACAGGCAGCAUAAGCAUUUAGAGUUUGUCUGUGGGACGCUCUGUUAUCCAGUUAUUUUCUGUUUACUUCACACUGUAAAACCAGCUGUUUUGUUAAAUAGGAAACGGAGGGUUAAUAUGUUCUUGUUUUCCACCAUCCACCCUAGUUACACUGUUAAUACAAAAGGUUUAACAAGAUAAAAACAGAAGCUAAUUCGAGAGUUUAUCUGCAGUUUGAGGGAUGUUUGUGAGGAUCAGUCGUGUAUAUAGUUUGAAUGCAGCUCUCUGUCAUGUUAAUACGUUCAUAGGUGACCCGGUGCUUCCUGAUCUUACCGUCACGUUACAGCUGGUUGGCGUCUGCUGGUUUUAGAUUUUUUUUUUCUUUUUCUUUUUUUAAACUUCACACAGACAGACAGUUCUUACAGCUGAAGGUUUCCGCCUGCUUUUCUUUUAUUGAUUCCUUGACUCCAGAUACGUCAGCCCUGUUUUUGUUACUGUAACUGACUUUUUUAAGUGGGAAACCUGGAUUCAGAAAUCUAGACGGCUGCACGUCGUGGACUCAUAUUUAGUCUGAUUUAUCCUCAGUCACUCUGCUCUCAAAAAAAACCAAAAAAAAAUUAACAUUUACAACUUUACUUCAAGUCGCCCUCUUUAACAUUAAUAAUCAGUUUAUAAACCUUAUAUAGUUUAUAACUCGGUGUUUAUUAAUGUCUAACUCCUCCCGUAGACACGCGUCAGCGGAGGCUGCUGGAUGAACAGACGAUGAACCACAACACAGUAAAACACAGCUGUGAUAAUAUCAAAUAUGCCUUCAUAGGAGAAGUUAGAAUCAUUGACAAGUACUUAAUACUUAAAAAUGUCCUUAUAGCUGUGCACAACUACAUUAUAGUGUGUUAUGAAGCAGUUAUUACAUUUAAUGAUUAGAUUCAACAUCUCUUAAUCUGAAGAUUAUUUUCUCGGUUUAAUUGAUUGUUUGGCCUAUAAAUGUAAGAAAAUUCUUUAAGAAAAAAAAUAAUAAUUUUGCUGUGAAAUUUGGUGUAGUUCAAGAUUGCUCCAUCAAAUUGCUUGUUUUGUCCGACCAACGCUCCAGGACCCAGAGAUAUUCAGAUGACAAUGAUAUAAAAAAGAGAAUACUCAUAUGUUCACAUUGGAGAAGCUGCAGCCAGAGAACGGUCGGUGCUCUUUCUUUUAACCAGAUAAUGGACUUAAAUGUUAAAUCAACUAUCAAAACUCAAUCACUGAAACUCUGAUUGCACUUCGUGUCGUGUUUUUAUCUCACCGACAGUAACGAGAACAGAAAGCAGUCGCUGUCAUUUGUCUUCCAAAAACAAUGGAAAUAAAACACAGAAUUGUAUGUCUUAAGCUUAGGGCCGAGCGAUACAGCUAAAGAAUCAAAAUCUGGAACAUUUUUCAGGUUUGUUGGGAGAAAUUUCAAAUUUUUUCCCUGCAGAUCGCAAUCAGACGAAAACACGAUUGAAACGUUGUAGUUUGUGUGAUUUUGUGUGCAAGACAGUUGAGCAGGAAUGACCCGCAGAAGACCUGCACCAACUGCAAGCAUAUUCAAAAACUACAGGUUAUCUCACACAGCGGGAAAGUGUAACUCAGACAGAUUAAAAAUCCGUUUCAACGCAGACAAGGCAGAAAGGUCUGCUCACUAAUCCCCCCCCGUUUGUGUUUCUUAACAUCAGUCUGGUACCUGCAGACAGCCGCUAGCUGGUAGCAGCUCCCCGGCAGCUAGAGAAGACCAUUCCUAGAUACAAACGUUAAAGUCGGCGAGUUGAACAGAGACAGCGAACCGCCCUCAGUCGCCGCGGUCCUGUAAAUGAAACCGUCAGUCAUUCAAUCUGCAACCUCUUUGAUAUUCGAGUAAUCGAACCAAAACAACGGUAAUGUUCUUGUUAAAGUUUCUCGAAUGUGAAUACUUUCUGCUUUUCUUUGCUUUCCAUGUUAGUGAGCUGCAUAUCUUUGGGUUCAGAUCAAAUAAGGAAUUUCCACAUGUCAGCUUGCCCUUGGCAAAGUUGCGAUGGGCAUUUUUCACUAGUUUCUGAUAUUUGACAGAACGAACAGCUAACUGAAUAAUCAAGAAAAUAAAAGGCCGAUUAACAGAUGAAUCAUGAAAAUAGUCCGACAGUUUACUUCAGUUUACAGGACUGUCAUGUCUGGACUGUAAUGAUUGGAUUUUCAUUUUACACAAUGUUCAGAUACAAAAAUUCAGAUGAAUCGCAUCCGUUGGACAUAUCGCCCGGCCGUACCGCGGACUGUUUUCUCUUUGUUGACGUGUACGGUGAAAUGCUACCAUGGUGACUCACCAUCCAAUCACAGUCUGCCACGGCUUCGACAAAGUCGGAGAAGAAAUGAAAUGUUUUUCCCGGGUCCUCAAAGACCCGCAGGGUAAACGCGUCAGCCGCCGAAUUUAAAACAGAGCGAUGAUUCGACAGAAGACGGGCCGUGUUGUACCUCCCGUGACUAUUAAAGUGACUUAAACAAUGUCAGCGCUCCUUUUAAAACUCCGUUUCUCUGCCCUUCUGAACGUAGAGUACGUUAUUUUCUGACAGCAGCUUUUCAUUUCCCUCCUCUAGAUGAGCAGAAAGUUUGACUAUCGACAAACGUUGCACAAAAGCCCGUCUGAGAGAAGCUGCUGCUGGGUGGGGGCGUUUAUUGUCGCUGUAUAUAGAAAUCUAAAUGUGUAUAUAGAAGCUUGAACAGAUAAAAUAGAGCAGUAAACAUAUUCUAAUAAUACUAGUGCUACAGAACAGUCAGCUUCUGAUUCUAACGGCAUCGGCAGGGACCUCGAAUGUUAACGAUGGAUGGAUAUAAUUUAGAAAGAAGUAGCGACGACAAAGGAGCUUUGAUUUGUUUUGUAUUUUUUUCCUUUUUUCAAAUGUCACUGUUGAAAUAUAAUACUGUUUUGUUUUUUUAAUUUGUAUUAUUAGUAAAUGCAGGAGGCAAACGACGCCUCCCUGUCAUGAUUUAUUUGAUUCGCGUGCUAACCCUCGAUGGCAGGCCUAGGAAACCACUUUAUGAACUGAAAAAGGAUCGACUCAAAAAUCUCGUUUAUUCCCGGAGGUUAUCUUUACCUCUGAGAAUACGUUUUCAGAGGUAAAGAUAGCCAGUAGUAGUGCCUGCUCAUUGUUCACUGUUUCUCCUCCUCCUCCCAGUUUCAUUUUUCCGUUGAACUCUAAGAGUGAGGUGUCCGUGGUCGUCUCUCACCGAUGAAAACGCAGAGAGGGGUAAAUGUGGAAGCCCUUUUCUGCCAGAACCAGUUAGAAAAACAAACCGAUGGGUUGGAUUCCUUUUCAGUCACAUCACCAGGGACGUCCCGAGGGCGAGGCACGGCGGCGGCGGCGUCGUCGUCCUCACGUCCGGACACGUUUGAUCCAUCCAGCCUGCCUUAUUACAGAGGGUGUAACCUGUUUGUGGCGGCAGCUUCACCACACUCCCGGCUCAGAGCGGUGACGAUUGAUUUAGGCUCAUUUGUUAUCGGUCCCAUUAUUUAGAUGGAGUCUUUUUGAAUGGAUGUUAAUGGUACAAGGUGUAGAAAAUGUUCCUCGGGCGUUUGGGUCUGACCUCAAUCGUCAUCGAGUGUCAAAUGUUAGUUUCUUGAAUAAAUCCCCCUCCUGUGCCGGGAGUGAGCUGACUGCCGUCCAGUUUCCAGGCAUGUGUGUUGAGUGUUUGACCUUUGACCUGAGCUGACCAGACUGUUCACUGUGACGGCAGCGCUCUGUUUGUUUCAGUGUUACGACGACGGUGAUGGUGAUGAUGAUGGUGAUGAUGAUGAUGAUGACUGCAUCGGAGGUUUUGUCUCUGUAUGUGGAGAGCGUUGCGGUCCACACAGAGGAUCAAUAAAGAACAUAAUAGUAAAA